AUGAUGAAUCGAAGUGAGAAUCUUAAGGAACGUGUUCACGUUUUGCAGCAAGAGCUUGAAAAGAAACGUUUGCUUCUUCAGAAAGCUGAAAAGAAACUAAAGUCUACUUUCACCACCCAGCCGAGUAUUCUGUUGCCUGUAACAGAGGAAACAUCUGAAAUAGUUCCGGAAUGUUCUGGAGUCACUGAUGUAAAACUAUUCAGAUCAAGUGAAUCGCCAGUGCAAGGUGUACUUAUUCAACCUACCAGCGAAGAAUGUUGCAGGCACAUAGCUUUAUGUGUUUUAGGAUCUUGUAUUCUUUUAUCUGAUUCUCUGUUAAUUACUUUGUACGAUUCUAAUCAUAUGCUCACUUUGUAUAGUAUAUCACUUUGUAACUAUGAGUCACGGUUAUUGUGGGAAAAAAAGCUGUCCAUCUCUGAAGUGACACUGUUGGAGAUUAUUAUACCUCCAGGCAGCUCCGAUAAAGAAACUGUCCAUAUAGGCGUCUUAUUGGCUGAAAAACACUCACCAAAGAACUUACCAGUCCUAUUGUUAUCAUUAUUCAUGUUUUCUAUCCCAAUCGUUUUCAGCUUCACGGUCGACAACAAUUUAAAUCACCCAUGCCUUACGGAUGUACAAACAGUCCCAGUAAUAAAUACGAAUUUCAAUACAGAUCGUACGUGUUCUUCGGGUAUUGUGUACGAAUUUUAUGUCAAUCGUAAAAACGAUCUGAUGUUUGUUCUGUAUGUUCCUGAUAUGCUUUCAUACACCAUUCAUCAGUUAUCAUAUGAUGGAAAAUUAUGUUUAAUUCCCUUAUUGUGUCGCUGUGAUGCAAUGGAUGCUCCUGAGCCGAAAUUUAACUCUUGGUUUACUGCGUUAAGUCAUUGUUCAGAAAAACCGUCAUCAUUAUCACAGUCUGUUUGCAUUCUAGGCAUUCAUUUCAAUCCAUCAUCAAUCGAACUUGUUGGUUGCCUCUUGCGCACAAACGACAGUGGGAAACAUAUUGUGGGUGAAUACGUGUCAGAACGGUUUACGUUCAGUAAAUUGGCACAGAAUAUGUACUUAGAUGCUCCAGUGAAACCAUGUUCUAAACUUUUAGUUGUUGCAAGUGAACGGCCUAAUUUUUUGGUGUUUUCCGUUAUUGUAAAAGGCUGUUUAUUGAAUUCAUGUACAUAUUACUUUACUAUGGGUGUUGUUUCAAUGAAUGGUAAACCUCGUGGAUCUGUUGUACGAUUAAUUCCUAUUCAUGUCGAUCUGCAAGAUGUGUAUGGAUCAGAAUUAGAGUGGAGUUUAUUUAUUCCACAAAAUAGACCGUAUAGUCAAUGUUUGCUAAGAUUCGUCGCACCAUGUACUGAACAAAGAAAUUUAAUUAUCAGUGCAUGGUCUGUUAAUAAAUUAAUAAUCGGCUGUUAUGAUAAAACUUCCAGCAAUGAGGUUGUCAAGGUUUCUUGUUUUAGCUUAUCUGAAGUAAAUAAGACAUUAAAUUUAAUUAUUUUAUAUAAUUCAGAUUGUAUUUUUCCAAAGCAGAUCUGUACAUUUUACUAUAGUCGUAAUCUGAAUAAAAUUGUGCAGCUGCACAGUUCAUAA